AUGAACAAUUUGCGCCAACCUGCUGCUACUUCUCGAAAUCACAUUUUUUCUUCCUCGACCGGUCAUCCUCUCAAUAAUGAUAUUCAUCAUCGGAGCGAUCAAUGUACAUGUCAAAAUUGUAAAUCAAAAAUCAAUGAAAAUCAAAUCAUGUCCAUUUGUUUAAAUUGUUCGCUUUCCUCUCAACAAACAGCCUAUACUCUCUGUUUAAAUUGUAAAAAGGAACAAGGUAAACAUCAUCAGAAAAAGGGACAUUGUUUUGCUUUGGUAUUGAAUAGAAAAUUUAAAUAUCCGCUUUUGGAAAGAAUUGGAUUAUUGGAUAAGAAAAUAUCAAAGAAUGGAGUGCUUGUUGCUGAUCAAUACUGUAAAGAUUAUGAAUUAUUUACCAAACCAAUUGAUUCAUUUAAUUUGGAACAAGUUCAGAUAGUUCAGGGGAAGAUAGUUCACAAGGGUGUUACUUGUGAUGGAUGUGAGUGUAGCAUUCAUGGAACGAGAUUUCACUGUUUGAAUUGUAGAGAUUUCGAUUUGUGCUCAACUUGUAUGAAGAAUCAUAUUAGAAAGACAACUGGAUCGAUGCUAAAUGUCAGUACAAUGUCUGUAACGAGUGGAACUGAUUCCAGUACUACGAAUAAUUCAUCAUUUUCACAUCCGUCUGAUCAUGUAUUCUUACAAUCAGCUCUUCCAAUUAUGAAAAGACCAAGAAGAAUUGCUGAAAGUAUCUAUGUUGACAAUUUUAAUGAUAUUUUACCAGAUCAAACCAAUCAAUUGGAUGUAAAUCAUGUAAAUAAUUCUCCUUCCAACUCGAUUGAUAUUCGUCCAACAGAAAAGACAGCAGAUAUUCUCAUUUAUCCAUUCUCAGAUCAAACAUUUGAGGCAUUGUACGAUAUUGAAUGCUCUUGCUUUUCAAAACCACUAGAUAAGAAGUAUCUCUAUCAGGCAUUUAAACAAUCUCUAUGUAAUAAUCAUGAAAAACCAGUUGAUAAUUUCACCUGGGUUGCUUGUACUAGGAAUAACACCAACAUUUUUGGAUCUCUCAUUGUUGCAGGUUACAUUACCUAUAAUAUUAAUAAGGAGAAGCAACGAUGUGAAAUUACCUCAUUUGCAGUUCAUCCAGAUUUGAGAAAGAAUGGAAUUGGGCAGGAAUUGUUAAGAUUUACCAUUCAACAUGUUCUGACCUAUUCUUGGAUGUGGAGAUCAAUGAAUGAUGAAGUACAAAGCUCUCAAUAUUCAAUCACACCAACGACGAAUGCCUGCAAUUUAGAUACCUCUGAAACAACAUACUAUGUUUCAUCUUUAAAUUCUAAUGAACAUGUUAUUGUCAAUGUUGACCAAAUAGCUGACACUGAGGAAGAGGAAUGUAAAUAUUGGAAUAACUAUCCAACUAUGCAAAGCGGAUUUGUUCAAUAUUGGAAGAAGUGUUUGUGGAUUCAAUUACAUGUUUCCUCUUUCAAUUUACCAGCUCAGAGACUCUACACCAAGUUUGGAUUCAAAGCAACUACAUUUCUAGAUGAUUAUUAUCACAGUGAAAUUAAUAUUGCAAAAUCUCAACAACAAGCUUCAGAUCAAGGAGAUGGAGUAUUGAUGAUUCUCUCUGUGAACCAGAAUCAAUUUAUUUUGUAA